AUGCCGCGGACGCACCACAGAAUGCUGCCGAAGCGCACGCGUGGAAGGCCGCAGGUUGAGAGCUCUUACGUCGACACGACCACGGUACCCGAGACCGACGUCUACGACUUCGACGGCACCUCUGACUCGAGCCGCUGUCGCGCGGGGGACGGCGACGACGACCUCCUACGCUCCCAGCCAACCACCAUCGACACCCACUUCACCACGGUGGCCACGAUGGGCACCCACGAUCCACCGCAACGGCGCGUCUUGGAACUGCAGAGCCAGCUGGAGGACUCCGCCGACCAGCCGGGUACAGUCCACGGCGAAGGCUGUUUGGCGAGACUAGCGAGCCUGGCCGCCACGCUGCGGGAACAGCUGCAGUUCGGGUCGCGAGUGCACGAUGUCAGGCCGACUGUUCUGUCCUGGAGAGACGGGCUGGCGUCGUUCGCACGCCGCAACAACACCAACCUGUUCACGACGUUCGUGGCUGUGACAACGGUGUUCCUGCUGUUACCCCUCUGCGUGCUCUACUACAAGGCGGGAACCAUGGCCGCAGGCAUGCAUCAAAAGGGGCUAUUGUUCACGGAUGACGGCCGCAGCAUCCAGAGCGGGUUCGACACGUCCACUUGCAAGGACUUCCAUCCGCUGGUGGACGGCAGACCCCACGACGUGUUCCUGCGCUUUCCCAAGCUGCACUACCGCGUCGUGGACGUGCCGGGUGCCUUCUGCACUCACCUAAUCUACCACGCGGCUGGCGUCACGGCCGACGGCUCCAUCUACAGCAAGGACCCCACGUUCGACGAGACAUACCAGGGCUUCCGGCAGGCUGCGGAGCUGAAGGGCGUCUACACACACCUGAAGGUGCUUCUGUCGCUGGGCGGCGGGCCGGACGAGCGGGACACCUUUCAGUUUUCCAGCAUGUCCGGCCACCUGAACAGGACGCGCGCCUUCGCCGACAAGGCAUACUGGUGGCUCGUCAACCGGGAUUCGACGGGCCUCCACCUGGACUGGCGACAGCCCGGUGGACACUGCGGCUCUCAGGCCGACAAGCAGAACUUCCUCGUUUUGGUCGAGACACUGCGCGAGCGUUUCGGGCUUCGCUACAUCAUCACCGUCGGAGUGCCUUACCAGGAGGAAUAUCGCCACCGCGGAUAUCACCUGCCAGGAAUAGCGGACCAGGCUGACUUCCUGCUGGCCACCACGCACGGCUUCCACGACGCCAGCGAGAAAUACGCGCAGUGUCCCAGCCCGUACACCACGCCGAACGGCCCCACGAUGCGCGAAGUGAUGCGCAUGCUAAAGUACGAGGUGCCGCGCGAGCACCGCCAGCGGCUUUGCUUCAGCGUGUCGCUCAUGGGUCACCGGUGGACGCUGCGCUCGUCGGGCGCCUUCCACGCGGGCAGCGCCGCCAGCCGAGCAGGCCCGGCCGCCGGGGACAGCCAGGCCCGAGGCGUGCUCGAGUACCCGCUCGUGUGCCAAUACCUGCUGCGCGACAGCGUCGACCCGGACGGCAUGUGCAGCUACGCGGUGCGCUUCCGCGACUGGGUCGCCUACGAGGGCGUCCAUUCGCUGCCUCUCAAGCUGUCGCGCAUGCGCAGAGAUAUGGGCACGCCGGGCCUGUGCGUCGCCGUCUGGGACCUGGCCUUCGACGACUUCCGAGGCGACUGCGGCAACUCGCGGUCGCCCUUACUCCGGACCAUACACAGGGCGCUCAGCUCGAAGAAGGUCUGGGUCAUUCCCAAAGGCGCCGCCGGCGGCAAACGACCGUAGUCGUGUCGUCUCGGACGGCUACGAACAUAGUAUGCGAAGUGACUUCGUGGUAUUGAAAUGCACGUACCGUGUGUCAAUUGUUUGAUGAACCUGAU